AUGGAAGUCUUGGAGCCAGUGCUGCCUGCACUCCUUAGCUAUGUGGAUUUGAGGACGGUCCUUUGUGCAGCUGCAGCUUCGCGCUUCUCGCGGCUUCCUUCGAGGUGUAAUCAGGUGUGGAUCCAAUGCUGCCGCGAGCGCUGGCGUUUUGGGGCCUUGUUCCAAGUCGACUCGCACGCAAACCCCGGCGCCCGAGACGAGGCUUCCAUGCAGCUUUGGCAGAGAUCCGUAGCUGAGUAUCGAGACGGCGUACAUCAUUCCGAUGCCUUUGGCUUUUUCCUGGAGCGAUCCAGAAAGGAUGCAGAGGUCAGAAGAUGGCUGGAAGCAGAAGACGCCGACAAAUUGGACGAGAUUCUGCGACUGGGUGCCAAUGUUCUCGAUGUCCUCCUCAAGCUCGAAAGAUGUACAGAUGCCAGGCUGAAGGGCGCUGCGCAAAAUGCACGCAUCCAGAUUACCGAUGCCUGGGCUGUGGAGCGGUGGACGCAUCUCAUCAAGAUCGAGCCAACCAAAGCUGCGACUCUAGAGGAGGGCGCUCUGAUCCUCUCGCAGUGGGGCUACCCUACUGCGGACGUCACUGGCAUGCGCCUUGCCCUGGAGAAGCUUGCGCAUCGCGCCCAGGAGUUGGGUGCGCGGCGCAGCUCCACCGGACUUCCUUCCGAGGACGAGGCCAGAGCGAUCAUCGCGGCGCUGAAUACC